GGGAUUUGGAGAAUGUUGAUCUUACCGUAAAAGUGAGAGCGUCGUUUUUCCUUCUGAACUCAGAAAAAAAGAAUGCAAAUUGUUUGCUACUGAUUUUGUGGCUGGCUUUCUUUUAAGCGAAAACGGCAUCUGGGUGUGAGGAAGUCGUCUCUGAUUUGCUGGUGCUGUCUUUAAAUAUCUACUUUCAGCCACACAAAGAACGGAAAAAAAGUGCCAGUAUUAGCAGCCAAGAAAGUGUUUGGCAAUAGCUGCUGAUCCAUGUUCAUAAAGCAGUUGAAGCACAUUUAAGAGUAUACCCCUCCUUCUGAUGUACAUUAUUACAACAAGGGACACCUAAUCAAACACGUAUCUCAUCGAUUCAGAUCGCUCUCAAAAGGAUUUUGUAUAUGCACUUGCCUGGGCAAAAUAACCCUGUGAGCCAGUCUGUCAAAGGCAGUUCUGUCCAUUCUACUAAUAUUUGGCUUGCAUCUUGCGAUAUAGAUAAAGAUAUUCGAGUCCAGCAGAAAGGGGGCUGCAAAUCACUUGGAUUUUCCAGGGGCAUCAGCAACGUAUGACACAAAACAUCAGACUGCCUUUUUUAUUUUACGUAUUUACUUGGGGACAGAUGGGUAACCUGGUUUAACAUCUGAAUAACUUGCCUGUUGCAGCUUUCAACGCUGAGUGAGGAGCGCACUAAGGCAGAAGCUAUUUUUUUCCCCACUGUACUCGUCGACACUGUGAUAUCCGAGCCGGGGGGAAAGCGAGCAUUUUUUCUUCAGAUCUGCCUUUUUCUUCAGUGUCUGACUUUUUGUUUGAAAACUGCCGAUCUAUGUCACCCUUCUGAAAGCGCCUCCGGUAUCGUGUAUGUUGAAAGCACUGCAAUCAAACAGUGGACCAGCUUUGGAUCUCUUGGGCUAAAAUAACUCGUCAAAAAACCAUGCCGCGGAGGAAACAGCAAGCGCCAAGGCGCGCAGCAGGCACAUUCAUCAAUAGCUUAAUGGUCAAUCAGAAGUUGGCAGAGUGAGAGACCUAUGUUCCGGACGAGCUAAAGGCAGCGGCGCUGGUGGAUGAAGAUGUUGAACCAGAUGACUCGGCCGGGGAUGAGGAACCCCCAGUCAAGUAUAUGUGCUCAGAUAAGGAUUUUUCAAAAGACUCUCAGAGCUACCAGGAUUCCCCGGCGGCUGAGUUCUCCAGCCACGAAAUGGACAGUGAAUCUCAUCUGAGUGAGGCCAGUGAUCGUAUGUCAGACUUUGAGAGUGCCUCGAUCAAGAACGAGGAGGAAAUCAAGGAGCUGUCAGCCCCCAAUGAGGACGCCCCUGCACCGGACAGCCUGGAGCAGAUGAAGGCAAUCUACAACAGCUUUCUGACCAACCCCUACUGGUCCACCCUCAACCUGAACCUCAGCCAGACCACCACCGAAAAGCCUCAGGGCAGCAGCAGUAGCAGUAGCAGCAGCAGCAGUAGCAGCUGUGGGAGUGGCAGCUAUGACUGGCACCAGUCCGCCAUGGCAAAGACUUUUCAGCAGGUGUCUCAGAACAGGCUUAACCCGGAGCCUAACCUUUUCAGCACGGUUCAGCUCUACAGGCAGAGCAACAAACUGUAUGGCUCAAUUUUUACUGGGGCUAGCAAGUUCCGCUGCAAAGACUGCAGUGCCGCCUAUGACACAUUGGUAGGGCUGACGGUGCACAUGAACGAAACAGGACACUACCGCGACGAUAACCAUGAGACAGACAACAACAACCCAAAGCGCUGGUCCAAACCUCGCAAGCGCUCCUUGCUGGAGAUGGAGGGUAAGGAAGAUGCCCAGAAGGUCCUGAAGUGCAUGUACUGUGGCCACUCUUUUGAGUCAUUGCAGGACCUUAGUGUCCACAUGAUCAAGACAAAGCACUACCAAAAAGUGCCUCUCAAGGAGCCUGUGACCCCUGUGGCAGCCAAAAUCAUCUCCUCCACCCGAAAGCGGGUACCUAUCGAACUGGACUUCCCCAGUUCUCCGGAUUCCUCAGCAGGGACACCCAAAUCAUUUUCAACUGACCCCAGUGAUGUUCUGCAUAAGGCCUCCAACCCCUACAUUACCCCCAACAACCGAUACGGCCACCAGAACGGCGCCAGCUAUGCCUGGCAGUUUGAGUCACGCAAAUCCCAGAUCCUCAAGUGCAUGGAGUGCGGGAGCUCCCACGAUACACUGCAGGAGCUGACCGCUCACAUGAUGGUCACAGGACACUUCAUAAAGGUGACAAACUCAGCCAUCAAGAAAGGGAAACCCAUUGUGGAAGCCCCCAUCACACCAGUGGCAGCCACUCCACUAGAGGAGAAGGUGCAGUCAGUACCUUUAAUGGCUACAACAUUCUCACCUCCAGCUGCUACCCCUUCCAGCAUAUCCCCAAAGCUAUGUGUAGAGAUCAAGAAAGAAGAGAUGGAAGAGGAAUGUGCCAAGGAUAAAAGCAAAGACAAGGAGAAGUUGGAGGAGGAUGAGGAGACGUUUGACUUCCCCUCUAAGUACCACUACCUGACUGAGGAAGACCUGGAGGAGAGCCCAAAAGGUGGCUUUGACAUUCUCAAAUCCCUGGAAAACACAGUGACAUCUGCCAUCAACAAAGCUCAGAAUGGUGCUCCGAGCUGGGGUGGCUACCCCAGCAUUCACGCCGCCUAUCAACUCCCCAAUAUCAUGAAGCUUUCCUUGGGUUCAUCUGGGAAAAGUUCUGCAUUAAAGUACAUGUUUACAGGCGGAGAGGUUUUGUCCCCAACCAAAAGCCAACCACUUGUUUCUCCACCUUGCAGCCAGACCUCACCUCUGCCAAAAAAUAACUUCCAUGCCAUGGAAGAGCUGGUGAAAAAGGUCACAGAGAAGGUGGCCAAAGUGGAAGAGAAAAUGAAGGAACCUAAGGUGAAAUCGUCUCCUCGGCGCCGAAUGACACCUUCCCCUUGUAGCAGUGAACCCGGUGAACCCAUGAAAGGAGAUUCCCCUAAAGAAAAUAGUGCUAAAAUCCCAGAAAGCAAUGGAGGGGGCCAUAAAGACAUGAACAAUGAAAAAGACUCAGCUGAGAAUGGGACAGAUCCUAUCAAACUGCCUGCCACUACUAUGUGUAGUAGCACUGCCAUCAUCACAGACCACCCUCCAGAGCAACCUUUUGUUAACCCCUUAAGCGCGCUUCAGUCUAUAAUGAAUGUCCACCUGGGCAAGGCUGCCAAGCCAGCUCUGCCUGCCCUAGACCCAAUGAGCAUGCUUUUCAAAAUGAACAAUAGCCUGGCAGAGAAAGCUGCAGUGGCCACCCCACCCAUGCAGACCAAAAAAAACGAGCGCCUGGACCGCUAUUUCUAUCAUGUCAACAACGACCAGCCUAUGGAUUUGACGAAAGGCAAGAGUGACAAAAGCUGCUCUUUAGGUUCAGCGCUGUUGUCAUCCACAUCAACGUCUUCUGCUUCUCCUUCAUCCACAGUGACAACGACAAAGACAUCUGCAGUCGUGUCAUUCAUGUCAAACUCUCCGCUACGCGAGAAUGCCUUGUCAGAUAUCUCUGAUAUGCUGAGGAACCUGACAGAAAGUCACACAUCAAAAUCUUCUACACCUACCAGCCUGUCUGAGAAGUCAGACAUAGAGGGCACUACCAUCGAGGAGCCAGAGGAGAUCUCCCCAGCCCAGAAACGCAAGGGCCGCCAGUCCAACUGGAACCCCCAGCACCUGCUCAUCCUCCAGGCACAGUUUGCUGCCAGCUUGAGACAGACCUCAGAUGGGAAGUACAUCAUGGCGGACCUCAGCCCCCAGGAGAGGAUGCAAAUCUCCAGGUUUACAGGACUCUCAAUGACCACCAUCAGCCACUGGCUAGCCAAUGUGAAAUACCAGCUGAGAAGGACAGGUGGAACAAAGUUCCUAAAGAACCUGGACUCUGGACACCCCGUGUUCUUCUGUAAUGACUGUGCUUCACAGAUCCGAACUCCCUCUACCUACAUCACCCACCUAGAGUCGCAUCUGGGUUUCAGGUUGAGGGACUUGUCCAAACUGUCCAGCGAACAGAUCAAUAGCCAGAUCACGCAUAUGAAAAGCCACUCCGAAAAACUGAUCACCCCCGGCUCCUCCCCGGAGGAAGAGGCCGGCUCCACUUACCAGUGCAAGCUCUGCAACCGGACUUUUGCAAGCAAGCAUGCCGUCAAGCUGCACCUCAGCAAGACACACGGCAAGUCCCCGGAGGAUCACCUCAUGUACGUGUGUGAACUCGAGAAACAGUAGCACUGGCUCCCAUGAACUCGGCUUUAAGUCGCUUUUGAGGGGCAAAAAAAAAAAAACUGUACACACACAAAGAUGCCAUAAAGCUACUGUUUAGUUUCGGCACACAAUCUUGUUACAUCUCCAGAGGAGACACUCUGGACUAUUUUUUAUUAUUAUUAUUAUUAUUAUUAUUAUUAUUAUUAUUAUUAUUUUAUAACUGUACAGUGUUUAAAAUAGAAGUGCAUAAUCAGCUGUUGUUACUGGUUAAAUAUGAAGGUUAUUAAAAAAUAAAUGAAGUGGUAUGUGUUUGGAAUUUGUGUAAAUUGGAUUUAGUUUCUGUGCAUUAAGCUGCAUGUGUUUAUGGACAGUUUAGUUAAGCAUUUAUAACUAAAUCUGGUGCACUUUUUUACAUGGCCUAAGUGUGCUGGUAUCGGCCUUCCACAUUUAACCCUCUGAGUACGGCUAAGUACUUCUAUGUUCACUUGAAAACCAAAAGCUAGGGGGGAAAUGUUUCAAUUACUAAACUGGCUGAAAUUAAAGUUUGGGCAUACAAAAAUUGGCUACUAUUAGUUGAACAGUUCCAAAUCUGAUAAAUUCUUUGUAUAAAAUAUAGAUGUAAGGCUGGCUGAAUUCACAGCUGUUGUCAUUUGUUCAAUAUAUCAGGAGCCUUUAUUAAUUCAGGUCUGUGUAAAAAAAAAAAAAAAAAAAAAAAAAAAAAAGGUCCUAUCUAAAUUAUGCACCAUUUUUAUAUUUUUUUAAUUUAAAAGAAAAACUAAAAAAAACUAUGAGUAUAUACUAGAUGGUGCACAAUAUAUGAAGACAUUCAUGAAAUCGUUUUGCACAAUAUUUCUUUUUUUUACAUUUUUUAAUAUAUGUUAUUUAAUCAAAAAAGCCGGUUAAAACUUUGUAUUAUUAUUAUUUUAGCUUUGUGCUCAAAGGGUUAAACCUCUAGUACAAAUUGUACUGUAUUUCAUGAAACUUAAUACAAAAUAAAUCUUUAAAGACAAGUUUGUACAAAAAAGAUGUUACUUUAUAAAGUUAUAAGGCAUUCCAUGAUGUAAACUCUUCCUUAUAAGCACUCUUGGUUGUUAUUUCAUAUUGUAGAACGCCUUUUUGAUUGGUAACUUUUUGUUCUGCCUAAUUAUUCUCCCAUGAUUCCAUACUGCAGAUUUAUCUUUAGGCAAUUGAAAGGUAACCCAUGGUUACCAGCACACUGAGUCUCUUCUGCUAUAUUUUUGGCAGUUAAUUUGCAGAAGUAACUGACAGCUGACACCAUAUGAGAAUCUAUGUAUAAAAUAUUGGCAUGUAAACAGCGCACACACUGUUAUGCACUCUGUGCCCUGUUUUUGUUGUUGACAAUGAAGUACCCAUUAUAUGACUUCAUAUAACCUUUUUUUUUCUACUGCAGCAUUAAAAUGUUUUUUGCAAUAAUUUGUGUCGAGUUCACAAUUAUGUCUGCAAUGUGCUAUGGCUAAUGAGCACAUUAAAAUUAAAUUGUAUUCCGUGUCUCUCUCUGACAUGAGCUUGAGUAGUUUUCUUCAUCUGCCAGCCACUGGCAGUCGCCGCGCUCUGCACAUAAAUCACUGAUGUUUCAGCGAACUUUACCAUCGAAAGUGCAGUGCUUGUGCAAAUUCAAAGGCCACUAAAUCCAAACCUGCUCCCUGGAAGGGUAGUGUAUUACAAGCCCUCUUUACAUGUGAGGUUACAUUGUAGUUGAAAUUUCCUGCUGUAUUUUGUAAUACUAAAAUCUGCACACAGAGGGCAAUUUUACCUAUUUAUUGGCUGUAGAAAACCAUAAUACAGUAGCUAACUAAAGGGCCAAUUCAAUUAACUUUUAGCUGACAAAAUUAAUAAGUGAGGAGCUAUUUAUUUUGUUUCAAUUAGCACAUCAUUGAUAAUAAAUUCAAAAUGAAUGGAUCCAAAUAUGCAGUUUUUGCAUGAAUAUGUAAACUCUUUCUCCUAGCUAAAAGUUAAUUGAUUUUUGCCCUAAGACUAAUGUGGCUCGAUGUAUUUGGCUUCACUUGUAUAUAUAUAUAUAAAAAAAAAAUAAAAAAAAAUAAAAAGCCAUUAUUGCACAAUAUAGUAUCGCCAACAUCAUAAUUACAUUUGGACUAAUCUUUACUCAGAGCUUGGUCAGCAAUCAGCUAAGAAUGUGAAAAAAUCAAGUUCUAGAAAAAACACAGGAAAUGGCUAUUGUUAAUAGCACAACAGAUUACAUUUGGAUUUGAUCAAUCAAUCAAUUUAAUGAUCUUUUUACUGAAAGAGAACCCUCUGUUUCACCGAUUAAAUUGAGUUUAAGGAAACCAAUAUUAUCAAUUUUGUAUCAAUGCCCACAAUAUAUAUAAACAAAACAAAAAAACAAAACAUAUAUAUAUAUAUAUAUAUAGCAUAAUUUGUCCUGCUUUCUGGAUGUCAUUCAUAAGCCUGUAAUUAUGCCCUUACUAUUUUUCCUGUUUUAUAGCAUGGUAUUCUGACAACAAUGCUGCAUUCAGAACACAAGGCUUUGAUGUCCUGUUUUACAUGGGUCAACAAUUCAAAAUUUAUAAUCUGUAAACAGGUCCAUGCUUUCCAAUCUUUGACAGCUCCCUAAGUAAAGU